AUGUCAGCAGAGACAGGUUUUGUGUCCAAAAUUCCAGAAACACAAUCCGCCAUCACGCAAGACGAGCACGGCCAGCCACGGCUCGUCAAUGGCGUGGCCAUCCCUGCACUUCUGCCAGGCACCGUCCUGAUCAAGACGGCGGCCGUGGCUCUCAAUCCCAGCGACCACAAGAUGGGCGCCAGCUUCCCGACCCCCGGCUCUGUUAUCGGCAUGGACUUCGCCGGCACCGUCGUCCGCGUAGCAGACGAAGGGACACAGACAGGCAUCGCACCCGGCAGUGUUGUGUGUGGAGCCGUUCAGGGGUCCAACCCGGCCGCACCAGACAACGGUGCCUUUGCCGAGUACUUGAGAGCACCGGCCGACUUGCUAAUGCGCGUGCCGUCGUCGCCGUCACUGCAGGCCCGGCCUGAUGGCAGAGACAGCAAUGCUAUGAUCCAAGCCGCCGCGACAAUGGGCACAGCACUGGCAACGUGCAUCCUUGCUCUCUGGGGCAGCGACACCCUAGAUCUCCUCCCUUCCACGCCAGACACGCCCUCACAGGCGACGCCCCCCACCCCGGUGCUCGUGUACGGCGGAAGCACGGCGACGGGCUCCAUGGCGAUCCAGCUGCUCCGCCUGUCCGGGUUCAGCCCCAUCGCGACCUGUUCCCCACACAACUUCGAGCUGGUGCGCGCCCGGGGCGCGAGCGCGGUCUUUGACUACGCCGCCGAGGGCGUCGCGUCGGCCAUCCGCGAGCACACGGGCUGCCGCCUCAGGUAUGCGCUCGAUUGCAUCGCGGACGCCGAGAGCGUGGCCUGCUGCUACACUGCCAUACAACGGGCGGGCGGGCGUUACACGUCGCUCGAGCUGGUCGGCGACGAGCUCCUGAGCCGUCGACGGGCAGUGCGGCCGUCUUUCAUCAUGGCGCCCGAGGUGUUCGGGGAGGAGCUGAAGUUGCCAGGAGGUUAUGGGAAGCCCGCGAGCCUGGAAAAACGCCAGCUGGCGGUGCGGUUCUUUGCCAUCUUUCAACGGUUGCUGGACGAAGGGAAGCUAAAAUUCCACCCCAUAGAGCUGCUAGAAGGCGGGUUUGAAAGUGUAGUGGAUGGUCUGUCACUAUUAAAGAGUGGUGCCUUGUCUGGUAAGAAGUUAGUAGCUGUCGUGUAA